AUGGAAUUACGAGUUCAGCCAUUAGCUCAACAAGGUGAAAUGGUUAUAGCCGUUAAUUUGCUUAGAGAUCUGUUUGAGAUCAGAUCUCGAGAUGGGAAAGAAGCUAUAGCAUGGCGCGAGCUCUCCUCCGUUGCUUUCAUCCCUCCUCCUUCCUCGCCGGAAGCAGCGGCAACGCCGCCGAAAAGUCCGGAGAAAUCACGGGUCCUCAUCCUCGGUGGCACGGGGCGUGUCGGGGGCUCCACGGCCACCGCCCUCUCCAAGCUCUGCCCUUCUCUCCAAGUCCUCAUCGCUGGGAGGAACAGGGAGAGAGGUGAUGCUUUGGCAUCAAAACUUGGUGAUAAUUUCCAAUUUGUUGGGGUUGACAUUGAUAAUGUCAAAGCGUUAGAAGCAGCAAUGGAAGGGGUGGAUCUAGUAGUUCAUACUGCAGGGCCUUUUCAACAGGCAGAGAAGUGCAAUGUGUUAGAAGCUGCAAUCUCUACCAAGACAGCAUAUUUGGAUGUCUGUGAUGAUACAAAGUAUGCUUGGCGAGCAAAAUCUUUUCACAAGGAGGCAGUUUCUGCUGGUAUUCCAGCAAUAACAUCUGGUGGCAUUUAUCCUGGAGUGAGCAAUGUUAUGGCAGCUGAGCUAGUGCGUGCAGCCAGAAGUGAAGAAGCCGGAGAACCAGAAAGGCUAAGAUUCUCCUAUUACACUGCAGGUUCUGGCGGAGUUGGCCCUACCAUAUUAGCUACAAGUUUUUUACUGCUUGGCGAAGAUGUUGUUGCCUAUAAUAAAGGAGAAAAAAUCAAAUUAAAGCCAUAUAGUGGCAUGCUCAACAUCGACUUUGGUAAAGGGAUUCGGAAAAGAGAUGUUUACUUGUUGAACUUGCCUGAAGUUACCACUGCACACAAAAUCUUAGGUGUGCCGACUGUCAGUGCUCGAUUCGGUACGUCUCCUUUCUUCUGGAAUUGGGGAAUGGAGGCUAUAGUAAAAUUUGUCCCUGUGGACAUCCUGAGGGAUAGGAGUAAAGUUCAAAAACUAGUUCAACUCUUUGACCCUCUGGUGAGGGCCGUAGAUGGCAUUGCAGGAGAGCGUGUAUCAUUGAGGGUGGACUUGGAGUGCUCAAAUAGACGAAAUACAGUUGCUUUGUUCAGUCAUAGAAAACUCUCGAUAUCGGUGGGAUACUGUACUGCUGCUUUUGCACUUGCCAUUCUUGAAGGGAGUACUCAACCGGGUGUUUGGUUCCCGGAGGAGCCAGAGGGAAUUGCUGUUGAGCAAAGAAACUUGCUUCUCAAUCGUGCAUCCGAGGGAACGAUAAAUUUCAUACUGAACAAGCCUCCAUGGAUGGUGGAAACUGAUCCAAAGGAGGUUGGCUUAGGGAUAUACAUUUGAUGUUGGUUACAUAAUAUCUGGCUGAUAAAUACCCCCUCAGUUUUGCAGAAGAAAUCAAUGUCAUUCUUUCUACCUGUUCAAGUUUGGAGUAACAGUGCAGUUUGUAACUUUUUUGUGUUCUCUAAAAUAUUUGUACUGGAUUGGUCCAACUGUUAAAACUGUCAAUGUACAGAAAUUGUAAUUCAACAAGUUGGCACAAAAUUUCAUUGAAUAAAUGGCAUGUAUUACAUACUGAACA